GCCACGUGCAGGCAGCCGGAAAGUGGCACUCACCGCCGCGACAGCAACAAAAAGCAGGCACGCGCGCGUAGCGGUCUCGCCGCUUUUGCGCUUCCAGGCGCCCGGAUAUCGGGACGAGCACACAGCUGCAGCGACGAAUCCGGGAUCCAGCUGGAGCACAACAGUCCCGCUCGAAAAAGGAACCUCCGUGAAUGUUUGCGGCGACGCCGGGUCGCAGUACGGGCAGCAUGAAGAACACGCCGCGACAAGAAUUGCUGUCUUUAGCCAAACAAUGGCAGUUGAAGCCCAACACCAUCGAGUUUGCACGGCGACUGGACAGCGAGGACCCGCUGCGUUUAUUCCGGGAGCGGUUUAGCGUCCCCAAGAUGGCUGACGUGUCUGUCGUUGACCCGAAGUUCAUCAAAGAGCCAGGGCAAGAGUGCAUCUACCUAUGUGGCCAUUCAUUAGGUCUCAAACCAAGAACAGCUGAUGACCAUGUACUGAAAGUUCUUGACAACUGGGGUAAAACUGGUGCAGAGUGUCAUCAGCAUGGAUACCUGCCUGCUGCCACGUGUGACCUCUACCCAAGGAAGCUCAUGGCAGACAUCGUAGGUGCUGAUCCAGAUGAGAUUGUCUUCAUGAAUGGCCUCACCGUAAACUUGCACUUGCUUAUGAUGACUUACUACAGGCCACAAGGAAAGCGAUGCAAGAUGGUCAUAGAGUCAUAUGCCUUUCCAUCAGACAUGUAUGCUGCACAGUCCCAAGUAGCCCACCAUGGCCUCGAUGUUGCUUCUAAUCUUCUCAUCUUACGCCCACGACAGGGUGAACAACUACUUAGAGAGGAGGACAUUUAUGAGCUUAUUGAAAAGGAUGGUGACAGUAUUGCUCUAUUGCUCCUACCUGGAGUCCAGUACUACACUGGGCAGGUAUUUGAUGUGCCUGGAAUAACAACAGCAGCACGUAAAAAGGGUUGCAUCAUCCUCUGGGAUAUGGCACAUGCAGUUUGUAACAUUCAACUGAAACUGAAUGAAUGGGAUGUGGAUAUAGCAGCCUGGUGCACAUACAAGUACAUGAACUCUGGUCCCGGCAGUAUCGGCGUUGCUUAUAUAAGCCACAAAUUUCGAAAAGCCUGUGAACGGCUUCCAGAGUUGAGAGGAUGGUGGGGCAACAACAUUGAGACCAAGUUCCUCAUGAGACCUGAAUUUGACCCCUGUCUAUCAGCAGAUGUGUUCAAACUCUCCAAUGGACCACCUCUUCUAGUUGCAACAGUAAUGGCAAGCCUAGAGAUGUUUGCAGAACUGAAGGAAUCUGACCGCCUACACAAGCAACAUUUGCUCACUGGUUACUUUGAGCUCCUUAUGAUUGAUGAGCUGGGUGCCAGCCAUGACAUUACAGACAGCACACGUCCGUUUCAUAUUCUCACGCCGUCUGACACAACGAAAAGAGGCUCCCAGCUUAGCAUACACCUCGCCGAAGAGCCCAAGUUCACGCACCAAGAGCUACAGCGCAGAGGAAUUCUCUGUGACCUGAGAAUGCCUUCGGUCGUCCGACUCGCUCCCAUGCCCCUGUACAACACUUACGAAGAUGUCUACAACUGCAUCCAAGCACUGAAAGAGAUUUGUGCCAGCUUUCCUGUGAAGAAAGCCUCUUGAUCAUGACUCUCGUUGUAAACCAUAGUUUUAUGUGAAUGUUCUUGCAAGUAUGAGAAAGGCUGUUCUACUUAAAUUUUCUAAAUCUAAAAGUUAACAUGUUUUUUUAUGUGUGUGUCAACAAAAGGUUGAGGCUGGUCUGCACAGAUCUGUACGAGGAAUUCAGUACCUGACUAAAUAUUUUGAAGUAAUCGGCAUCAACAUUUCGAUUAAACGAAGUGCACAUGAAGUUACAACAGCAUUUGAAUAAAGACGGCUGAAGUGAAAAUUGCUUUUUA